CGGCACAUCUGGGCGGACGCGGCCCCUCCCCGUGGGCACAUCUGGCGGCCGCGGGGGGCGGCCCUCCGCCGGGGCGGGAGGAGCGGCGGGUCGGCGCAGUCCCGCCGCCGGCCGGGGCGGGCAGAGCCGGCGCGGCGCGCAGGGGAGAGGCGGCCCGAUGGGGCGGCCGGCCGGCAGCCUGGCCCCGCUCCGGCUGCUGCUGCUCCUGGCGCUGGGGCACGCCUGGACCUACCGGGAGGAGCCACAGGACGGCGACAGGGAGGUUUGUUCCGAGAACAAAAUUGCCACCACCCGGUACCCCUGCCUGAAGCCCACGGGCGAGCUCACCACCUGCUUCAGGAAAAAAUGCUGUAAGGGUUAUAAGUUUGUUCUUGGACAGUGCAUCCCUGAAGACUAUGAUGUGUGUGCCGAAGCUCCUUGCGAACAGCAGUGCACAGAUAACUUUGGGCGAGUCUUAUGCACUUGCUACCCUGGGUACCGCUAUGAUCGGGAGAGGCACAGGAACAGAGAGAAGCCUUACUGCCUGGAUAUCGACGAGUGUGCCACGAGCAAUGGAACGCUGUGCUCUCAGAUCUGUGUCAACACCAUGGGCAGCUACCGGUGCGAGUGUCACGAAGGCUAUACCCGGGAGGAGGAUGGCAAGACAUGCACCAAAGGAGAUAAAGCUGGGCUUCCUGAGAAAUCUGAAAAUGUGGCGAAAUCAGGGACAUGCUGUGCCUCUUGUAAGGAAUUUCAUCAAAUAAAGCAGACGGUUUUACAACUGAAGCAGAAGGUUGCUUUGCUACCAAAUAAUGCUGCUGAUCUUAGCAAGCAGAUCACUGGUGAAAAAGUGCUUGCCUCUAAUGCAUAUAUCCCUGGCCCCCCAGGCCAGCCUGGCCAACAAGGCCCUCCAGGGGCUCCAGGACCGAAAGGGAGUCAAGGAAUUCCUGGGUCACCUGGACCUCCCGGACAGCCAGGCCCUCGUGGCUCAAUGGGACCUAUGGGCCCAUCUCCAGACAUAUCACAUAUUAAGCAGGGCAGACGGGGCCCCGUGGGCCCACCAGGAGCCCCGGGGAGAGAUGGCAGCAAGGGGGAGCGAGGCGCACCAGGACCAAAGGGGAUACCUGGCCCACCAGGUUCAUUUGAUUUCCUAUUGCUGAUGAUGGCAGACAUCAGAAAUGACAUCGCUGAGCUGCAAGAGAGAGUGUUUGGACACAGGACUCAUUCAUCAACAGAGGAGUUUCCAUUACCUCAGGAAUUUACAAACUAUCAUGACACAGUAGAUUUUGGAUCUGGAGAAGACUACAAACCACGGGCAGCACCCAGAGAGUCCAGGAUACAGAAGGCAGCCCAUCCUUAGCUACACCUACUGAAAAAUAGAGCCCCUUUAGAGUUCUUCAAUAUAAAAAUGCACUGACAACAUAAAAUAUAUAUAUAUAUAUAUUAUUUCCCAGUUUUCUUUCUGCUUUUUCCCAACCAUGCUGCCUGUACUGUAGCUUUCAUGGUAGCCUCCUUGCAGUAAUUCCAUACCAUUGAGCCUGCACUGUGCAUUCUACCUAGGCUACCAAAAAAACCUUCUUAGUAUAUAAUAUGAUUAAGGCAUGCUCUAGCUAAUGGCACAGACCACAACAUUUCAUCUGCCUACCUUGCAUUCUAUGUCCAAAUGACCCAGUACCCAAAUUUGGCCAGGGGGUAGCUGAACAUCAUCCCCAAAUGACAGCAAUAAUGAAAACCUUGGUCCGCAGUUACUUUAUACAUGUAAAUGCAUUGUACCACUGAAUUUAAGUCUCCAGCUACAGUCCCCAGGCUCAGGAGGGUGUGAAAAGUAGAUCCCUGUUUCACAACAGAGGACAGCUGUAAGUGAAAUGUCUUCUUCUAUUAUGGUCCACCAUGGCAGAAAAAGGCAAAAAAAAAAAAAAAAGCACUGAUACAAGGGUGCUGCUUGUUGAUCUGGAAAUUAUUUGGCUUUGUGUUGCUAGAGUAUCAUUCAAAGAGAGUAGAAAAGAUGGGUUCAUCCUAAACUAACACUAUUUUUCCCUUACCAUUCUCCCACUGCUCAGUGCGAAGGCCAGUUCCCUUCCUCAACAGACACAUGCUGUAUACCUUACACAAAGAUGAACAGGAGAAAAGGGGAUAUAUAAAGCAGGAAAACCAAGCAUAAGUGAAUCACGUGGGCUUAUUGGCAAGUACAAAAUCAAUCCCAGCCUUGCAGAAAGAGUCAGAUUCUGACCUCCUGUAGGUGCAGGUCUUCCCUGGUGAAAUGCUGAAGUCCAAGCGAAUCUGAGACUGGAGAGAGGCCUCAUGUUUGCAAAGAGCUUCCGUUUUGUUCCUCUGCUGCGUGAGAGCAACCUAUAUGUCAUUCACAGAACUGGAACACAGAGUUGCGGUGUAUUUGGCUGGGUAUAUGAGGAGUAUGAGUAGGUGCAGGAGUGCACAUGACAAGACAUUUCAACUGGUAUGAUGGCUAAGGUGAGGUACUGCACAUGGGAUCCUAGAUUUGUGAAGAGGGAUGAAAGGGAGUGCCCUUUUUUUACACUGGAAAAUUGGAUGCACAAGUUAGACCAUACCUCAUGGAUGACGUACAUUACAGUUUCUUUUGGAUUACCACAGCUGCUGAGGACUUUGCCAUGCUCAGAAGAUAAAGGAGUAUAUUAAGCACAAAGCUUCAACGUUGUAUCUGCAUAGCUGCUACUUCUACAGUAUGUUUAGUGCUGGGUCAUGUCCAUGUUACAUAUGCAAAGAAAAACUUCUUGUUGUCCCAUGUUUUUCAGGGCUUGCAUGUUCCAACAGAAUAAAUACAGGUAAAAACAUAAGCAGGCCCUUUUCAGACAACCCACAAAGGUUUGGAUUCCCUUCCAUAUUCUCUGGGCCAAAAGAUAGUUGGUGUUAUCCCUACACUACUGGUACAGGUCAUGUUGUAUCAACAGCUGGCUGUCUAGACCUUUCGUAUCUUUUGUGUAUUACGUUAAGAGGAUGUGUUCCUUCCUGUAAUUGCUUCCCAACUGCUCGCUAUCACUAUGCCACAAGCAAGGGCAUUAGCUUUAAGAACAUUAAUGUUCUGUAUUCCUCUUCACGUUGUAUGUGUAUCAAUAUUUACAAAGCAAUGACUAAGUCACUGGGAUAGCUUAGAAAAAAUGAUAGUGCUCUUACCCUGUGGUCUUUGGGCUUCCCCUCUGGGAGGAGCUCUGCCAGCAGCUCCAGAUCCAAGUGCUCUUGUGAAGCAGGUAAUAAGGAAAUCAGUGAGAUUUGGGGAAGGAACUUGUGGCUAAAAGAGGGAUGGUCUUAUACACAGCAGGCUGAAAGAAACCUCUUAAUACAGCGUGAACUGAGGCAUUUAUAUCUUACUUUCUUACUUUCAAGCAACUAGGCAUAAGUAACAUCAUUCAUGAAUAUGCAACUUUAAGUAAAUUUGUUAAAUAUCAAAUGUUAUGUUUGUAUCUCUUGCAAAUUAUGUAACUCUUGCAUGUGUUUACCACCACACUCCAUCACCUGCUGGAUCAGGUUGAUUCCCACUAUAGAAUUAGUAGCUGCAGGUUUUUUGACCAUCAGAUACUGAAUAAUGAGUUAGAUGAGUCCCUUCCUACUUAUCACCUAAAUUUGACUGCCCCCUGACCACAAGAAGAUGUGUUCUAAAAAAGGCACUCAUUUUAGUGCUAACCUCUGCUUUUCCAAAUAUAAACAAAUACCAAAUGAGAAGUUCCUACAGUUUGACCAUCAGAUUCCAGGAUAGGUGACAAUUUACCCUGCUGUGCAUAAGUAUCCAGGGAAGGGAAAUUCUGAGACUGAACCGGAAAAGUAGAUAAAAUACAUGCCUCCCUGUAAGUGCAGAAAGCUGUCCUACAGAAUCAUGAACAUAAAACAUGGCACGUGUUUGCUUGCCUUUCUGAAUGGAAACCUCAAUAACUUCCGUUUCUGGAGCCUGCAUUGUUAGUUUUCACAGCCCAGAGCUGAGUUUUCCAACAGACGUGCUUACUCCAUUAAAAAAGGUGAAGGAAAAUGCUCCUUGGGUUUGUCCCUGUGCUUCACCCUCCUGUUUCCAGACUCACUGCCCCAAAGCAGGGCCGAGUCCCAGCAGCAAGGAGGGGACCUGAUGGUAAGGACAAGCCCACUCCAGAAGGCACACGGAUUUCCCCAGCAGGGAGAGCCCCUCGGAGCACAGCUGGCUGGGAAGGUUCAGCCUUCUGUCUGCAUCCAACUAAGUUCUUUGCAUAGACCUUUCUCAUUUUAUUUCUGAUUAAUUGUAUGGUAACUUUGAUAACACAUGGUAUCAGAAGUAUUCCAUUAAGGUUUCUGGAUAAACACAUACAGACACUCAGAAAAGUAACAUUUUCUUCAGCAUACCCAAAGUUUUAUAAAGCCAGACUAGAGGACUCAUAUCCAAUUUUAAGCUUGGUUACCAGGGAGCCAUGGAAGCCAUGACCUUGUAAAUUAUUUAUUACUCUGUGGCCCCAAAAAUAACACCCCCCCAAGAAUCCAAAACAAGGAUAUAGAAACAUCUACACUCAUGCCUAGUUUCAUUACUAGGCUCCUGCACAUGACAACCUUGUUUCAUAUAAAUACUAUGUAUAAUUUUAUUAGAAAGAAAUAUUAUUUUGAUGUUAAGACAUCAAGUUAUAAGCAGAAGGAUAAUAAAGAGUUUGUUAUUUUAUUAAUAUUAGAAAUAUAUUUAAUGGAAACAUUUGCAAGAGUGUGUAGUUAUGGCAAAAUGCUGAUUGUUAAUGGGUUUAACAAAAUUGUAAAGCUGGGAAAAUGUUUUCUUUCAAUACUGUGCCAAGUACAUACAAGAUUAGUCUUUCCUGCAAAGCUGGAAUACUGACACAGAAGAAUUCCUAUGUAGUCAGGUUAAACCAGGAAAAGGAGAGGAAAAUUGAUUUUAAAUGGAACUAAGGUAAUCCCUGGAGUUAUUGUUGGUAUUACAGCUUGAAUAACCUUUUUCCUAGAAGUAUUUCAGAGUCAUCAAGCCCUAGAAAAGCAAUAAAAGAUGGGGGUGGGGUCCAAGAAAUUGUUAAUUUCACAUUAAAAUCCGUAUGUUUGUUCCUAUUACACAUUCCAAUAACUAUACUGUUCACUUUAUUUAUAUAUGAAAUACUAAAAUGUGUAUAAAAUGAUUGUGAUUUUAUGAUGUAUUCAUAAUAACAAAGAUAUUUUUUCUU